CCGAACCUCUUGAAGCCAUUCUCACUGAUGACGAACCUGAACAUGGCACAUUGGGAGCUCCGGAAGGGGACCACGACCUCCUCACUUGUGGCCAGUGUCAGAUGAACUUUCCGUUGGGGGACAUUCUUAUUUUUAUUGAGCACAAACGGAAACAAUGCAAUGGCAGUCUCUGCUUAGAGAAGGCUGUGGAUAAGCCACCUUCACCCUCACCAAGUGAGCUGAAAAAAGCAUCCAAUCCCGUGGAGGUUGGCAUCCAGGUUACGCCAGAGGAUGACGAUUGUUUAUCAACGUCAUCUAGAGGAAUUUGCCCUAAACAGGAACAUAUAGCAGGUAAAGACGAGCCCAGCAGCUACACGUGUACGACUUGUAAACAGCCUUUCAACAGCGCCUGGUUCCUCUUGCAGCACGCACAGAACACGCACGGCUUACGGAUCUACCUAGAAAGCGAGCACGGCAGCCCCCUGACGCCACGGGUUGGUAUCCCAACAGGACUAGGUGCAGAGUGCCCUUCCCAGCCACCUCUCCACGGGAUUCACAUUGCAGACAAUAACCCUUUUAACCUGCUCAGAAUACCCGGCUCGGUCUCGAGGGAGGCGUCGGGGCUGGGAGAAGGGCGCUUCCCACCCACACCGCCCCUCUUUAGCCCUCCCCCGAGGCACCAUUUGGAUCCGCAUCGCAUUGAGCGCCUGGGUGCGGAAGAAAUGGCUCUGGCCACCCAUCACCCUAGUGCCUUUGACAGGGUGCUGCGACUGAACCCCAUGGCGAUGGAGCCCCCCGCUAUGGAUUUCUCCCGGAGGCUGCGGGAGCUGCCCCCGUUCCUGGCCACGCCACCCCUUCCUCCUCUGCAGUCUGCUCCUCCUCCUUCCCAGCCGCCCAUGAAGUCCAAGUCCUGCGAGUUCUGCGGGAAGACCUUCAAGUUUCAGAGCAACCUGGUGGUCCACCGCCGGAGCCACACCGGGGAGAAGCCCUACAAGUGCAACCUCUGCGACCAUGCCUGCACGCAGGCCAGCAAGCUGAAGCGCCACAUGAAGACCCCGGGCACCAGCGACCUGGUGGGCAGCGCCAGCAGCGCCCUCAAGUCCGUGGUGGCCAAGUUCAAGAGCGAGAACGACCCCAACAUGAUCCCCGAGAACGGGGACGAGGAAGAGGAGGAAGAGGAGGAGGAGGAGGAGGAGGAGGAGGAGGCAGAGGAGGAGGUUGGGGACUGGAACGAGAGCGACCGGCCGGACUACGGCUUUGGGAUGAGCCUGGAGGCAGCCCGCCACCACGAGAACAACUCUCGGGCCGGCGAGGAGGGUCGGUCGAUGCCGGACGUCAUGCAGGGCAUGGUCUUGAGCUCCAUGCAGCACUUCAGCGAGGCCUUCCACCAGGUCCUGGGGGAGAAACACAAGCGGGGCCACCUCCCCGAGCCCGAGGUGCACAGGGACACUUGCGACGAAGACUCGGUGGCCGGCGAGUCCGACCGCAUCGACGAGGGGGCAGUGAACGGCCGGGGCUGCUCCCCGGGGGAGUCCGCCUCGGGAGGCUUAUCCAAAAAGCUGCUGCUGGGUAGCCCCAGCUCCUUGAGCCCCUUCUCCAAACGCAUCAAGCUGGAGAAGGAGUUCGACCUGCCGGCCGCCGCCAUGCCCAACACCGAGAACGUUUAUUCCCAAUGGCUGGCGGGCGACACUGGUGAGUACUGGGUGAAGGUCUUCAAGAACUGUAGUAAUCUCACCGUCCACAGACGGAGCCACACGGGCGAGAGGCCGUAUAAGUGUGAGCUUUGCAACUACGCCUGCGCCCAGAGUAGCAAGCUCACCCGGCACAUGAAAACACACGGGCAGGUGGGAAAGGACGUUUACAAAUGCGAGAUUUGUAAGAUGCCUUUUAGCGUGUACAGUACCCUGGAGAAACACAUGAAAAAAUGGCACAGUGAUCGAGUCUUGAAUAACGAGAUAAAAACUGAAUAG